GGCCAAUUGAUAGAUAACUUAGGAGCUUUUUCAUUCAUCUAAAGCCUAGUAGAACUGCUGGGACAAAAAUUCGACGAAAAGACAUUAUGGAUUCUUCUACCGUGGUAGGGAUUUUAGGAGGUGGUCAAUUAGGCCGAAUGAUGUUGGAGGCCGCUCAUCGUCUAAAUGUUCGUUGUGUCGUAGUUGAUGCUCCAAACUGCCCAGCAAAGCAAAUUGACGGUGGUCAUGACCAUAUUGACGCUUCUUUCCGUGAUGAAAAUGCGAUUGCAGAACUUGCCAAGAAGUCUACAGUGGUUACUACUGAAAUUGAGCAUAUCAACACUGAUGCUCUAGAGUCGAUCUCGUCUACCGUCUCUGUAGAGCCUUCUUAUUCCACGCUUAGAUGCAUUCAAGACAAGUACUUACAAAAACAGCAUCUUCAAACAUUCCAUAUUGCUUUACCAGAUUUUUGCGACGCUCCUGAUCAAGCUGCAGUCGAGAAUGCUGGACAAAAGUUCGGUUACCCCUUUGUUCUUAAAAGCAAAACUCUUGCUUACGAUGGAAGAGGAAAUUAUGUUGUUCGUCAACCCCAAGAUAUUCCUGACGGUAUUAAAGCAUUAGGCGAUCGCCCUCUCUACGUCGAGAAAUUCGUUCCUUUUUCCAUGGAAAUUGCCGUCAUGGUGGUUCGCACUUUAGAUGGUAAAGUUUACGCUUAUCCUACCACUGAAACUAUUCAAAGAGACAAUAUCUGUCAUUUGGUUUACGCUCCCGCCCGCCUCCCUCAUCAUCUUCAAAAGCGUGCACAAACCCUAGCCAUGGAUGCCGUUCGUACCUUCAAGGGUGCUGGUAUUUACGGUGUAGAAAUGUUUGUGCUACAAGAUGGAGAAUCUGUCUUGUUAAAUGAAAUCGCACCUCGUCCUCAUAACUCUGGCCAUUAUACAAUUGAAGCCUGCCCCACUUCCCAAUUUGAAGCUCAUAUCCGUGCAAUUACAGGCCUUCCAUUCACAGAAGCCAACACCCAUUUAAGUACUGCAACUACACAUGCUCUUAUGGUAAAUCUGCUUGGUGGUGAAGAUCCCUGUUACGUUUCUCGAAUUGCGAAACGCUCUCUUACAAUCCCAGGUGCUACUUUGCACUUGUAUGGAAAAGGUGAAUCCAGAAAAGGAAGAAAGAUGGGUCAUAUUACCAUCAUUGCUGAUUCUUCCCAAGAAUGCGAACGCAGGUACUUGUCGUUGAUAGAGGAAGAAGAAAAAGUCCAAGUUCCCUCCGAACCUCCUAUGGUUGGAAUUAUCAUGGGUUCCGAUUCUGAUUUAUCUAAAAUGAAGGAUGCCGCUGUUAUUUUGGAUCAAUUCAAAGUCCCAUAUGAAGUGACUAUUGUAUCUGCUCAUCGUACACCUGAACGAAUGGUGUCCUAUGCUCGUACUGCGGCUUCCCGUGGUCUUCGCGUUAUUAUAGCAGGUGCAGGGGGUGCUGCUCAUUUACCCGGUAUGGUUGCAGCAAUGACUCCUUUACCCGUUAUUGGUGUUCCCGUCAAAGGAAGCUCGCUAGAUGGUGUUGAUUCUCUCCAUUCCAUCGUUCAGAUGCCACGAGGUGUACCUGUUGCCACUGUUGCUAUUAACAACAGCACAAAUGCAGGUCUUCUGGCUUGUCGUAUAUUGGCGUCUUUUCGUCCUGAUUUGUUGCACGCUCUGGAAGAAUAUAUGGAUAAUAUGCGUGAUGUUGUACUUGAAAAAGCUGAUCGUUUAGAGCAAGACGGAUGGAAAAACUAUUCAGUUUGAAUCUGAUUUAGUAUGCGAUUAUAUAGAUCACAUAUUGCUGUUUCUUUUUGUAUAUACCCAUUAUUCCAUAUUCAAUCCCUUUCUGCUACAAUUUUGAUUUAGUAUUAAUUUUUUAAUAUAAUUUUUGGUUUUUUAUCCUGAUA